AUGGAUCUACGAGCCUUCACGAGCAACUCUGCAGAACUCAAUAAGGUCUUCGAAGAAAAGGAACAGGUCGCCUCUGCGGAGCAUCAAAAUUCAAUGGGUCUACAAUGGGACACUUCCGCCGAUACGAUCACCAUUCAGCUUCCAGAACGCCCUCCUCCGCACAUAGUAUGGACAAAGCGCAAAGUGCUGAGACACGUCGCUAGCAUCUAUGAUCCUCUUGGCCUAAUAUAA